GUUAUGGCUGCUACGGCGGUGGCUCACCUCUAUGCCUUACUUUGACGAGGAAUAACUAAAGAUGCGAAACGAGUUUACGAAUGACACGGACAUAUUUUAAAACAUUAAAACACAGUCCCGCAAGCACCAAAUAUAAACCAUGAAACCAAAAGGCAGAGGGAAGGGAAGACCUCGCAAGAGUAGCGUAUCUGAGCCAGAGAUCAUCAACCUAGACCCUGAUGAUGAGCCUGAAGAGGUCCUCCCAGUGUCAACAAAGCGGGGAAGAAAAAGCCAGAAUAAAUCUGCACACAUCCAUAACACGCGGCGUGCAUCACGAGUUGACGUUGAACUGCAAAUGGAAUGUGUUGAUGAUGAGCUGUCACCAGCACAAUUGAAGGCCAUUGAUGAAGCCCAGAAAGAACACGAGAAGGCAAACGACCUCAUCAAGUUAGCUCGUGCAGGAAACACGAUGGUUCCCGCCAGUACCCCAAACACCUUCACCCUGGUCCCACCAAAGCUACUCAAACAGGCGCAAGCACCUAUCACACCGGCCCAGCCUGUUAACAUGUCGGUGUUGAUAAGCAACCAGGUACCAGUUACCAAUUCGAGGAAAGCUAAGGGUAUGACUCCGCCCACUGCAGUCGACAGCCAGCCAAUGGGAUUGCCUCCUCCAAGAACAGCACAGUUCUUGAAUAAACAGCAGAACCAAGGGAAAGGACCUGCUGGUGUUUCUGUGAGCAGCCCUCCGGAGCUGAUCCUUCUGAAGGAGACCCAGCCCCAGGGUGUGGCAAUAUCUUCACCAACCCCCCUGCCAGGCCAAAUACCCACAAAUAUACUGGGAGUUACCCCACAACAGGUGUACAAGUUUGUCAGUCUGCCAUCGAGUACAUCACCACAGCAGCUGCAGAACCAGUGGGCCAUUAGACCUCUCCUGUCUGUUAAUCCCCAACAACAGAGCCUUCUAGUUGCAAAUGCUGUUCAACAACAGAGGAUGAAAGUCAUGUCUACAUUCAGUAUACGGCCAUCUGGUCAACAGAUUCUCCAAUUGGCCUCUCCCCAGCAACUAAUUAGACAUCCCAUGGACUGGGAGCCCAACCAAUCAGAUUGCUGUUUUGAUGAAAGAAGAAAUUUCAUUGGCUCACAUUCAGUCAGCCCACAUGAAAGCUGCAAUGCGAUUAGUCAUUUUAAAGAACUGAGAAAACUUGAUGAAAGAAAGCCUGUGAUUCGCCCAAACCACAUAAAUGAAAAGCAAAGGUUGAGCUUCAUUUGUCAAGACUGUGAUAAUGACAGAAGUCCUACUUCAAACAUUUCUUGUGUUUUUACCGAAAAUAAAAGGAAUGAACUGGGUGCAAAGAGCUACUUUGAUAGUCAGAAUUUAUGCUGUGAUAUUUGUGACAACUUACACCAACAAAAAAGAGCUAUUAACCUGAACUGUAGCAUGUUGCAGUCAAAUGUUAUUAGCAACAGUGAGUUUCCAGUCAAUAGACCUCAGAGUACUAAAGAAACAAUCAGCCAAGGUCUUGAAUGUGAGCAGGAACUGAAUGUUUCACUCCCUACUAAAACCUCCCAUGCCUCUCCAACUCCAUUUGGUUAUAAUUUCUUUCACCAAGUGGAUUACCUCAAUGAUAAUAGUCAAUCUGAACAAUGUGAUACAUUUAAGUCAUUUGAAGCUAAUGAGAAUGAUUUGGCAACUUUUGGUGCUAUUUCUGAAUAUAAAUGUGCAGAGAACUCAAGAGAAAAGUUGAGCAAACUUUGUGAACCUUCUCAAAGUCUUUCAAUGAGAGACAAGAUUGCUAUGUUGCCUGAUUUGUGUAAGAAGCUUGGAUUUGUUAAAGUAUCCAAAGAGACACAAAUACCAAAAACACAGUUGCUGAAGUUAAACCGGCAGUUUAAACAAGAGCAGGUUCGUUUAAGGAAGAGACUGAGUGGAAAGGAAGAAAUUGAAAAAGGAAUAGAGGGCGAAAUAAGUGCUGAUACUAAAGAAACCAUGACUGAUUUUUUAGAAACAAUGGAAGAGAGUGGUAAGACAAAGGUAACUCCUGAACAACAGAUAAACAAUGAGCUGGGUCCAAACUCUGAAACUGUCUUGAGUGUUGUAAAUGAAGAGAUGAAUGAAACUUGUUGUUUAGACAUUGAUGCUGGUCAUUGCAAAUCUGAAAUUGUCUCAAAUGUUAAGCAUGACAACUCAAAAGAACAGCUCUAUCUAAACAUUGAAAAGGGUCAGAGAAACUGUGCACGAUAUGAAAGGGAAAAGAAGUGUGUCAAUUUUGACAAACAGCAAGAAUCAAGUGUCAAAACAUUGCCAAAAUUUGGUUUGCUGACUUCUGAAGUUGGUUGGAUUUGGACUGAUUACUUAAAAGUUGAGCAAAUGGUUCAAGUCUGUGUUAUUGAAUUAGGAGUUAAAAGCCCAACAGUUAUGAAUGAGAGAAGGGUGGACAGUCAAGGUUUUGCUGAAGUUAAUGUUGAAGAUGAUAAAGAGAACAUUGCUGUUCAUAGUGUGACAAGAGGUGUUGUACUAGACACUUUGAAAAGUGUUGAUGGUGUUGAUGACACUAAGAAAGAAAGUAAAAAAAAAGCUGAUGUUGUCGAUGACAUUAAGAAUAAAGUAAUUCCUGAAACAACUCUGGUUUCUUGUUUGAAGAAAACUUCAUGUAACACUGAUAUGGAUACUUUGCUAGAAAAUUUAAAUGUUAGUGUCUGUAAUGGAAAUAUGUCAAUAGAAAAAGACACUGUAAAAAGUAACACAAGAGACCAGGAUUUAGAAAAUGCCAAGCAAACCAUGGAAUCAGUGCAAUAUUUACAAAAGUCUUUCCAUAUUGAUAAUGUAUGUAAUAGGUCAGAUAAACUUUCUAGGGAUUCUGUAAUGUCUAACAAAACAGUGUCUGAUUCUAGUACAAGUGAUGAUGAUGGUGAUGAUGGUUCAUUGAAAGAGAGGUAUUUGGUGAUUAACAUGUUAGAGGACAGCCAAGGUAAGCAAUUAAGCAGUAUUGAAGUUCACUCUGAUGAACAUAACCACAGUUUUGGAAAUGAAAAACAAUUGGAAGAAGUUGGUGAAAAGAUAGAGACUGCAGAAGUAGAACCUGUUUGUAUGAAACGACUAUCUGAUGAUGAAAAAGCAAAGGCAGAUAGCACACAAGUGGGAAAUGUUAGUAAAGAACCAUUGCCUUAUGCAGAGAAAGAAAACAAUAAAAUUACUCAGGUAGAACAUGUUAGAAAAACAUUACAAAGGGAAUCAACAGAGUCGUAUAUACCAUCAGAUUAUGAAUCUACAGUGUCAUAUGUAAAAGACUCACCAGAUGAAACAUCAAAGCUUUCAAAUGAUUCAAGUACAGAUCAUUUACCUGUUGUGGAAAUGAUGCAUGAAGAAGUUUCUAAAGAUCAUGAACCAGUUAGUUUACCCAAAGAUAACACAGCUGUCAGUGUAAACCACCCUGAACAAGUUAGUAGACUUAAAGAUAGCACAGCUGACACUUUAAACAAAACUGAACAAGUUAAUGGACUAACAAUAGCCAUUGAAAACCACACAGAACAAAUAAGUGAACUCAAAGAUUACACGUGUGACUCUGUAAACCACCCUGAACUUGAUAAUGUAAAUGUGGAUGGCACUGAGAGCCACACUAAACAAAUAAGUUGUGCAAAUGAUGAUACAGCGCAAAGUGAGAGCCAAACAGAAGUGAAUUCAACAGAUAACUUAACAGAACAUAGCUACUUUAGAUCACCAAAUAAACCUCAGAAAACUAGUGAACACGAGAUAAUUACAUUGGAAAAUGACAUUUAUGAUGAGGAUAAAGAAUUGAUUGAUGAGAAAGAGGCAUUUUGUACUGUUCCGAAAGAUGACAAUUUCCUUGGAGUUAAAUUGAAAGACAAGAAAAGAAUGUUGAAGUUAUCAGUUCCUGUGCCAGACAAAUUUGAAAUAAUAGACGGAAGACCUAUACAAAUUUUUGCUGAAGUAAAUAAUGAACCACUGCUGAACAAAGAAAAAAGACUUGAUAAUGAUGUAGAGAAGAAUGUAGAUGGGAAGGGAAUUGCUGAAUCUGAAUGUGGUGUUGAUGAAAGUCCAACAAACUUGGAACAUGCUGAAACUGAAGAAAAUAAUUAUGUCCAGCUAGAUGGCACUACAACCAGUUUUAGUGAGCGCUGGAAGAGUUCUGCUUUAGGUUUGGAGUAUCUUUCUAAAGAUUCUCUAAAUGUUGUAAAAGUUAAAAAACCAAAUAUAGAUGCAGAAAAUGGCCCCAUUUAUCUUGUUGAAGUUGACAAUACUGAUUAUAAAGCGAAGCAAAUGAUGUUAAGUAUACAAGCAAACCGACAAAAGCAAGGACAAAAGAGUAAAACUGUUAAGAAGUUGUGCAAAGAGGGGAUUACAAAAAUGACAAAUCAAGAUGAAAAGAAGAAACCAACUCGAAAGAAGAAACAAGCUCCAAAGAAGGAUUCAUCUCCAAAAAAGAAAGCGGCUCGAAAUAAAAGAACAACCUUCUAUGAAUUCUGUCCAAAUUCUGACAAACAUGAUGAAAUGGGAAAUGAGUUGAUAAGAUAUUUGGCUGAUAACAAUUUCUUUAAGAAUAGACAGGAAAAGAUCUCUGAAAAGGAUAAACAAAAUAUUUUAAAAGACUUAGCUGACAAAGUAAGAAAGGAUAGUUAUAUUGAUUCUGGCAAAUUUCAAUUCUUUGUAUGCCCAUGUGUAAAAGAUGAUAUUAUUAAAGCUUCUUUUAGGGUUGGACCUGUUGAGGUGGCUAAAGCUUUAGCUAUUCCUGUCCGUAGAAUCUAUAAUUGGAGAACAUUGGUUUAUCAACAUCAUGCAUAUGCAGCUUAUAAGAAGAAUCCAUUUAGGGAAGAAUUGAAAAUCAAGCUUGCCUUUCUUGCUAAAUUAUAUGGUUCUAGAGAGAUAAAUGAAAUGUACAACAUCCCAAUGAAAACCCUUGCAAUGUGGAAAAAGAAAUAUCAAGAUGUAAAAUUGCUGUCAUAUGAUUUGACAGAAGAAGACUAUCUUGAACUUUGUAGAGUGUCAGAAUCCAGAAAUGAUGGUAGAGAACAGAACUCAUUACUGAAUGGAACCCAAAAAACGGUAGAGAUGAAAAAUGGUUCAAGUGUAUUUUGUGAUGGUGGUUUAGAACACAUGAAAGAGACACACAGUCCACAUGUGUCUGUACAAGAACUGGAUAAUAUAGUGAAUGAAGAUGGGAAAGCUCAUGAAUCAUUUAAUCAGAAGAGCAAGACAUUUCCGAAUAACUUGGAAAUAUACUUUGGAGAUGAGAGUUCCGAGAAUGAGAGUGAAACAGAAAUGAUAGUUAAGCAGAGAAAGAAUAGUGAAACAAAUGGAGAUGCUAAGACAUUUGAGAAAAUCAAAAGCAUGCAUGAAGAAAUUAACAAAGACAUUGCGAAUCUUACUGAUUCUUCUGACCAUAAUGAUGGUGAUGACAACCUAGAAGUUCUUGGUGACAUAGAAGUUUUAGGGUCUUGGAACAUACAUGUUGAACCCAGAGAAAAUGCUGAUAAUGGAGAAAGAAUGAAUGUUAUUGAUAUCAAACAAGAGAAACAUGAGGUGAAUGCUAUUUUAGUAGAGAGAUCAGUUAAAAUGGGUUUGAAUAAGCAGAAAGGUUUAGAGAAACUAAAAGAUGUUGGCUCUGAAGCUGAUAGUUCCACAGAUCAUGGUUGUCAAGAAGCGCAUGACAGAUCUGGCAAUGUAUUGAAGAAAGAAACAGAAUGGAAGGAUAAUGCCAGUCCUAAAGAUAGAAGAACAGAAAACAGAACUGGAAAUGAUGAGAAUGAUAUCAUUGUUGAAGCAUUAAACAUUGAUGAUAUUGAAAGAGAUGCUAUGGCUGAAGAAAAAAAUGCAAACUCAAUUCAAAUCGGUGAACUGUCUUUCAACAUUAGAUCAGAUGAGCAUUUUGAUGAAAUAAUAGAUUUAACCUUGGAUAGUUCUCAGAAUGAAAAUUUCAUUGUCAAAGUUCGUGAACCUGACUCAGUGUUGCACCCAUUUCAAAUAAAAUCUGAACCAGUUGAUGAAGAAUUUGAUAAUAUAGAACAGGGCAGGAAAAAAGUAAGUGUUGUUGACAAAGAAGAUAUAAAUGAAAAAAUCAAUAAACCACAUUCACCUAGAAAAGGAAACCAGGAGAAAGACUCGGUACCAAUGUUAGAAAUGGGAGUUGGUGAUGGACAAAACACUCAGGGAAAUUCUUAUUUUCAUAGCUCAGGGAAUCAGCAAAAUUCAGACACAACACAGGGUGGCUUUGGAUCUCAUGGUGGAAAUGAUAUCAAUUAUCCAUCGACAAGUAAUAGUUCAGGGGGGAUCUCAGAAAUACCUGACAUUCAGAUCGUCGGACUAAGUGAUCUACAGCCUGGGCAAGACUAUUAUCUGCUUGAUAGAAAUACCCUGAACAUAAUGCCCACAGCUUCACAAAUGCAGACUAGCUCCGUGAAUACAGGUGUCCCUUCUAGUCAAAUAAUCAUUCAGUCAGCAGAUGUGUCACAAUCACUGACAACUCCAUUACCGACCAUGCCAGGCAUACUGAUCAGGAGACCUAGCCCAACAUAUUCCAGAAGCUCCUUAAGUUUGUUACCCACAGUCAUACAACAUUACCCAUUGGCAUCUGUUGGUCCAAUCAAUGUUGGUACACCACCACUUCCCCCUCCACUGAUUCUAGGAGGAACGAAUCUAGUUCCUAAACCGCCACCCCUAUAUCCUGGAGUGCAUUCAGCAAGUUCUAGUUCAUCAAAUUCUUCAUCAUUCACCCUUAGAACUUCACCAGUGAUAGUAACUUCAUCAUCAUCAGCAGUUUCGCAUGCUCCUUCAGUGAUGGAGGUACCAGUCCUUUCUGAUUAUCAAGCUUCUGUGAAGACAUCAACAGUAAAAGCUACAACUGUUACACCACCAGUUACUCCGAGCUCAUUUUUAAGUGAAUUUGAACAUUAUCAUCAACUGAAACGGGCAAUAUCAGAUAAAUCCACAGUUCAAGUUUCCCCUCCAUCAACUUCAAUACCACAAGAAGUUUAUGUCUAUCCAGGUAAAGAUGUGGUGAAAACUACAACUCAGGCCUUCAGUGCUAAUUCAGUGUCUCCUAAAGGUUUCAUAUCAUCAAAACCAAUCUCCCCGAAGAGUUCAACAGCAGGAAACCGGAAAUCUCCGAUAAUUGUGUACGCAGACCAACCAGUUCCAAGUUACAAGCAUUCAAUGCCGCCUCAGGUUAUGCAACAUGAGGGUAAAGCUUAUGUUAAAAGAGGAUCAGAUUGGUUGCACAUAUCUAAUAAAAAUAAGAGCAUUCCAAUGUCUCUGAAAAAUGUUGCAGUACCAGUGACGUUGGUUGAAAAUCGUAGUGGGAAAUCACCUGUGUAUUAUAUUAAAACUGCUGCAAAUCCUAGCACAGUUGUUGCUAGUUCUACAAACACAGAAGAAACAAGGCAUGUGAUAUCAGGCAUUGUUUCAAAACUGAACCAACAAAAUGUAACAAUCAUUCAAUCACCAAAAAAAUCUGAAGCACCUGCAUCAGCUGAUAUUUCACAGAUUCCAAAGUCCAGUCCCAGUGUGGUGAAUUUGAUGCAUUUAUUUCAGCAGAAAACAGUCAGGAAUCAAACACAGUCUAGUAAAUUUAAUUUAGAAACAUUAGCUCAAGCUGCUUCCAGUGUGGAAAAUGUUCCAGUUGGGUCUUUCACCUUGUCAGGCAAAAUUGGAGCUAUGACAGAACUUGCAAGUAAAAGUGCAGACGCAAUUGGGACACAUUUUCAACCAAUUUCAAGAGAGAGAGAUCCAAAAGCUUUCAAAGAGAAGAUUGUCACCCAGGGAGAAGCUGGAAAAUUUCUAGACAUUCACAAAAUUGCAGAGACUGCUUUAAAUCAAAGUUCAGAGAAAACAGCUCCAAAAGAAAAAAUGAAAGAACAGAAAGGCAAGCUUGAUGAAACAGAUGUAAAGGAAAAGAAACGUGUACAGAUGGAAAAGUUCUUAGAUUUGUCAGGAUAUGUAUCUGAAAAUCAAAUAACUAAACAGAGAGCUCUGAUGAAGACAAUGUUGAAGAGAAAAAUUUCUGGAGAUGUUGGAGGUGAUAAUGAAAAGAAGAAGUCCAAAGAGAUCGGAAGUGAGAUGAGUAAAACUGGCAAUAAAGUGGAAGGAAACGCUCCUCCAACAGGGCGAAGAAUCGAUGAUCUGAUAAGAUCCAUGUCCAGUAGAAUGAAUGUGGAUGUUAGUACGAAAUCUAAGAAAGUAACCCCCAUCUCAAAAGAAGGGGAAAUUGUCCCAAAGUUGAAUGAAAACAGAAUAGAAUCCCUAGUUAAAACAAUGCAAAACAGAUUGGCAGAUGAUAAAAAUGAGCCUGGUCCAAGUGGCUUGGUAAGAAAUAGACAAGAGUCAACAGAUGAGCAUAGACCUGAAGGAAAAGAUGGUAAAAUGUUAGCGAAGUUGCAAGGCCAUGAUGAACCUAAGCAAAGAAUAGAUUCACUUUUAUCGUCAGUUACUGAUAGAUUAAUGACCUUUCAUGACUUAACCCAAGCAGCUGAAACUUGUGAAGGUGAUCAGAAGUCAGAUACUGAAAAGAAAAUGGAAGGCAUGACUCCACCUGUGUCAUUCGAUGGUAAAUUGAAACCAGAGUCUGCAAUAUAUGAAAACGUAGAAGAAAAGAGUUUGCCUGUUACGUCUAAAAGGAAGGGAGAAAGUAAAAUCAGACGUGAUAUCAGAGACGUAAAGAAAGGUGUUGUAUCUGAUGUUCCCGAGUUGUCAACAGAUGUGAAAACGAGCAGCAGUAGUGAAUGCACAUUGUUCUCAUCUGAAACUAACACUGCUACAAUUGAUCUCAAGGAUAGUGUGGAUGUUAAGAAAGACUCUGAACCAACUGAUCUAAGUGAAAAACUAAAGUCACUGCUAAAUGCUGAUAUUUUUAAUGUUAUUGAAUCUAAAGAUGCUGAUGAUGACAGUGAGGAAGAUGAUAAUGAAGAUGAUUCAAGAAUGUCACCAGGGAGUGUUCAUAUUGGCUCAAGUGAGGAUGAAAAUGAGAACAAUGAAGAAGUUGAUGAUGUCACAGAAAGUGCACAUAGCACCGAGGACGAAUCUGAUGCUGAUACACCAGUAAUUGUUAUUCCAGAAGUGAGCACAAGAAAAAGUGAUAAUUCAAUUUAUUCGCCUAUCAAAACCAUGUAUGUGGAAUGUCUUCAUACAAGUCCUUAUAAAUCUGAGAAAACACCAGAGAAAGUGUGCCCUACAAUCACAGUGGAUAGAAAUGUUCAUAGAAGGUCCAAUGUUAAUACAGACAAUCAAUUGAGUCGAACCAGUCCGAAAGCUCUCAUGAAACAGAGUAGAGGUCUGGUUAUGAAAAGGACAUAUCCAAUUCUUAUAAAGAAGAAAAUAGCAAAACUAGCUUCAAUAUUUAGCAUGACCAGCUUAAGUAUGAAAUAUGGUAUGAAUGCGCAGACAAUAUCAAAGUGGAAGCAGUUAUAUGGAAAAGAUGAAAUUGCAGGUUUGGAGUUCACUGGAGAGGAACUGGCAAUCAUGAAGGAUGUACGGGAGGAGAGAAUGUCACAGAUUAAUGACAAAAGUGCUGAGAAAACUACUGUUAAGAAGGUUUCACCUAAUCAAACUGUUAAACCACAUCAGACUGUUACAUCUGGAAAAUCAAAGUAUCAGAUUUAUGUUGACAACCCUGAAGAAGAAAUUGAAGAACAAACAGAAAUAGAAAUAGUGAAACCAACUAGAAAACCAAGUACAGAAAUUGAAACUGAGUUAUUGAAACCAGCAAGAAAACUGAGUACUGAUGUCGAACUUGAAAGUGUUAAAAGUGAUAAUGUAAAGAAAGUAUCUCCAAUGCUUAUAGGAUUGCUGAAUAGCAGUAAAAAAAAUCCAGCAUCUUCAAGCCCUGUGAGGCCUAAGAGGGUUCCAAACAUCCUGAGCAGACAAGGACCCGCAAUGAAAACUGAUGAUAAAAUGACCUCCUCCACUGUUCCGAUGUACAUAGCUGUUAAUGAGGGAACUGAUGACCAAACUAAGCAUAUGUUGAGACAAAAAUUGAUGAUUCAAGCAGAUAAGGGACCUACUAGUUUGACUAUGCCGCAGGGUAUUGAGACCAUGUCGAUGAAGAAAUCUGUGUCAAGUGUAUUUGGUGAUAUUUCUCCUAUGAAAGAUCCAGAAAAUAAUGCCAGUGUCAGUGGACCUACAGCUCCAACUGAACAAUCUCAUAUGCCGGGUGUUGAACGGACCGUUUAUUUGUGUCCCAAAGAAAAUAUUUUCAAAUAUAGAUAUGUCAACACUUCUUCUAAAGGUUCAGUUCCAGCUACCACUCCAAAUGCCAGUAUAGGUGAUUUAAUCAGAGCAAGUAAUAAAUCAAAGAAGUUUACAAGUAAAGCUGAUAAAUAUUCUGAGCCAACAGAAGCAUUUAAAAUGGAAGUAGUUAAAGAGGCAAGGAAGUCGGGGUUUGAAAGGGCUUCCAAGUGGUUUAGUGUUGAUAUGACAGAUAUCAUGAAAUGGCAUGAUGUCCUACUGAACAAGAAAGGUGAAGAAGACUUGAACAAAAACAAGAGAACAAAAACUUCUGCUCAGCAACAAGAAUCAGACUCUGAUGUGUAUGAGUUUCUUGUUGGUGAGACUUCAGGCACAGCAUCUUCAAAACCUGGGCAAACUGCAGGAAAGAAACUGAACUCUGGAUUGUCAUUUGAUAGUUAUGAAGUGAAAGAAGGAGCCAUAAAGAGGCCAAGAUUCCAUAAAGUUGGUGGAUCUUCAGAACAAUUGGGGACAGCUAUAACUAAUGCAACAAAAUCAAACAGAUCUAGAAUGGGACCAAAUACCACAAUUCUGAAAAGAACACAAGAAAAUAUUCACCAACUGCAACAGUUUAAAGCAGAUGUCCAGGGUGACCUUGGUAUCAUGCCAAAACUUGUAAAACAAAGUGUCUCUGGCACCAAGGACACCAGUGUUGAAAUUGCCAGCACUUGGAAACAAGUGCAAUCAGUUAUUAAUCCACCUAAACUAAAUGAAAGAAAGUUUAGUCAGGAGUACAAAAACAGGCUGAUGAGGGAGUGUGAAGUCAGAGGCCAGAAAGUGAUAUCAAGAGAGUACAAGAUCCCAUUUAAUGAGCUUUCCCGUUGGAGGCAAGAGGCUAAGAGGUUAAACCAAGUAGUUGCUAAACAACCUUCAGCCCAACUUCCAAAAUUGCUCAUUCCUGCUCCGAGUACAAGUACUGAGAAAGCUCUGCCAGCAGCGAAGUCAAGUGAUUACAAUAAACCAGCUUUGAUAAGGAAUGCUUCAGACACAGGUGAGGUGUUUGUGCUCUCUGAUGAUGUAACAAGACCUGUUGAACAAGAGCCUUUAAAGAUCAAGAUCAGAUUUUCUGCUGAUGGUCAAAAUAGAGCUAUGAUAACAUCUAGUUCUUCAGAAAGUUCUAUUCCUGAUGUGGUAAAGAGGAUGGAAAAACAACCAGUCUUCCUGCAACCAUCUACAUCAGUAUGGCCAACAAAAAGGUCACCAAAGAAGGUUGGUUCAAAAAGUUUGAAAACAAAAGCAUCUCCAGCAAAACAAAGACUAGCAGCUACAGAGAAUAAGGCUAGACAGAAGAUUGGAAGUCCACAAGAUAAGAAUAAAGUAAGAAGAACUUCACAAUUGGAAGAUGAUGCUGAGUUAAGGAUGCAGGUAAUUAAUUAUUGUUUUGACCAAGGUGUUUUAAAGACUCAAAAGAAAUUCAACAUUACAAGACAGUCUAUUAUCGAUUUGAUGAAAGAAUAUGAAGAAUUAAGUAAAUAUGCUGCUGAAGCAGAAUACUCCCAGUACAAAACAAAGCUUGUUAGUAGAGAAAAGACAAGUGUUGAGGUGUCGACUUCGCAACCUGUGAUAGUAAAAAACUUGACUGAUUAUAUUGUGACACAAGAGUACAAGGUAGGAGUGGUAGACUAUGCCAGAAAUCAUGGGAUUACUGCUGCGUCUAGAAAAUACAAGCGGAAAACAACGACAAUCAAGUCAUGGGUAAAUGAAAUUGAGAGGCAAGAAACAAAAAAGAUACAAGAUGAACAAAUUGCAAAGGAAAUUGAAUUACUUGCAACAAAGAUUAGUCAAGAAGAAGCUAGGAAGAUUAGUUUCUUUGAAGCUAGAAAGAAGAGACUGCAAUUGGAAAAUGAAUUCCGAAACCAAUAUAAAAAGACAGUAGUUGACUAUGCAAAAGAUCAUGGGAUUACAAAUGCAACUAAGAAGUACAAGAAAAAGGCUCAGACAAUAAAGGCUUGGAUGGGACAUUUAGCUAAGUUGGAGCGAGAUGCAAAGAAACUCCGAGCGGAAGAAGCUUCUUUGCCUUUUACAUCAAGUCCAAUGAAAAGUUCUGAAUCAAAUUUGCACUUAAGCAUUUCCAAACCAUCACCACUGCAACGAAGGAUGUCGGCACCAGCUGAAAUCCAAGAAGAAAACUCACUUAAGAACAAAAACCCACCUGAAUCUCCUAUUUGGGAACAGGAUUUUGUGAUAAAACCAUCUACAAGCAGUCCGCUGAAGCUGACACUUUCUCCAAGACGGAAAUCUCCAGUGAUUGUGAUUGGCUCAAGUGCAGAAGGUAGUGAUGAUAGUAAUGACGAAGAUUUAGAUGACUUUGAUGAAGACGUUAAUGACAUAGGGACUGAAGAUGAAGAUGAUAACGCUGUAGAGUUGUCAUCUUUUGGCCUAAAUGCUCUACCGGUAAAGUCAAAAGCACUGGCUGCUGAUCAUGAAAAGUUGGAAAUAGAAAUUGAUAUAGCUGAAGAUAGUUUUAAUAGCACAAUUAAUUUGAUAAGCGAGGACGAAGAAGCUAAUAUAAGUCAGCAUUCAAUUCCUGCGAAAAAAGCUACUCUCAAGUCACAUAAGAGUUCCUGUAAGGAAACAAAUAAGAGUAUUGAAGACACUAUUGAAGAUCCUGAAGAUACUGAGCAAAACAAACCUGAGGAUGAUGGUAUCAUUAGUCCAUCAGAUGUACCGAAUAUUUUAGAAAUGGACAGAUUUGUUGCAAAAUCAAUUGAACAGAAAGAAAAUGAACUGGAAGCUGAAGACUUGCCACAUAAUGAAAAUGUUGUUGGUGAUGUUGAUGCAAUAGUUAUUGAUGAAGAUUCCGAGUCGGACACUGAGGCUGUGGAGAUGAUUCCAUAUGAAGACACUGUAAUGUUUAAAGUACUGACAGCAGAGAUGGAGAAAUUUUUCAAUGACAAGACUACAACUGUAAAACCUAAGAGAAAACAGACUGCGACUAAGGCUAAAGGUAUGAGUGCUGAUGCUGAGAUAAUGUCUAAUCUAGAUGAAAAUUUACUUUUUACUGGCACUAGAAGCACAAGACAGAGUUUGGCCCAUGAUAUAACAAAAAAUAAGAAACAGAAUGAUUCACUAUUAACAGUGUCUACAGAAUCUGAGGCAAAGGUUGAUGAUGACAAUGAAGCCAGUUUAGGCAAUAGAAAUACAGAUGAAGAAACUACUAAAGUAGAUAUUAAGAUGAACAAUUAUGCCUCUAAAACAGAAGAGACUGAGUAUGCUAAAAGUCAAUCAUCAGAAGCAAAGGUACAACUAAGUGAGAAAGAAGCUAAAAGGGUCCAGGUUGAAAAUGAAGUAGAUCCCAAAAAUAAUGUUUCAAAUAAGGCUGACAGAUUUGAAACUGGAAGAGAACUGGAUACUGAAGGUGAUGCUCUCACUUCAGAAAGGAGACCUAUCACCGGUAUUGAAUAUAAAGAGAAAGCAAGAAUUGAAACAGAUAGUAAGGAAUCGAUCAAAGAUGUUCAUAUUUCUGAAGAUAAAGGAAGCAUAACAAAUUCUGAAACAAAGGCAACAGAGGAAGUUUCAGAAAUGCCGCCAGUUGAUAAAUUGGUUGCAAAAGGUAUCAUAGAACUAAAGAAGGAAAGUGUUGAUGCAAGAAAGUCAGAAAAAGAAGAAAAUACAAAUGGAACAGACUCACAAGAAGAUCAAAUGGAGAAAAAGGAUAGAAGUUUAUUUGACAUGCUCGAGCCCAGAGAAGGUAAACUCCCAUCAGAGAUUAAAACUGUAGAUAUCACACUUACAGAAAAUGCCACUGGGCCUGAUACCUACAAGGUUGGAGACUCCUCCCCAAAGCCAAAUCUUGGAUUAUUUGGAAAUCUGAUGAAGUCAUUUAAAAUGCCAGGAUUGGCAAUAAAUCCUGUAGCUGUUGAUAUCAAAGGUCCAAGCAGUAUUGUUGAUGAAAAUAGCACUGAGAGUAUAGUCAAAACACCACAGAUGGAUGAUGAGUCAGUUGUUAAAGAUAAGUCUGAGAGAAAUGUGUUCGAUUUGAUUGGGUCAAAAGAGGAACCUAUAGAAUCAUCCAAACCUGAAGCUGAGACAAGGAGUUUGUUUAAACAUGCAGUCAUUGAUUCACCAACUAAAAGGUCUUUGAGAUCUAGUACAAAAAUAAACACCCUAGCUUCAUCUAAUUUUGAAACGCCAAAAAUUUCGAAGAAAAAACCAAUGUUCAAAUUUCCAAAAAUGGCUUUGAAUGUAAAUUUUGGCAACAUAGCAAAACUUGGAAUUUCAAAGUUAAAGGAAGAAGCUAAGUUAAAAACUGAAACAUACAAGCUAGGAGAUGACAAUGUCUAUAAAUCUGACUCAAUUCAAUCAGACACAGAAAGUUUAGACCUGAUUAACAAGCAUGAGGAGGACACAGUCACACAAUCAAGUGUUGCUGUUUCAAAAACUGCUGCAGAUGAACACAAAGAAGAAGUUCAAAGUCCUGGUGUUAUAAUUGAAACUUUUGAACAGUUAAGGCAAAGACUUACAAAGGAAAGAGCUGCCCUUAAAGCUGAAAAAUUAAAACAGAAAGAAAGGGAGGCUUCAAUAGAGAUAGAAAAAGAAUCAAAAGAGGUGAGUGAAAGUGACAAACCUAAUACUAAUGAUGAGGAUGAUGCAGAAAAUGAAGAAAUGUAUAAAGGAUUUGCUCCAGAAAAAAUAGUAUUGAUACUUGAUAUUUCAAAGAAACAUGGAAUUAAUUUUGCUUGUUCAUCGUUUGGUCUUCCAGCAUCAGUAAUAGUGAAUUGGAUAAUAGAAAAAGAUCGGAAACAUCGGAGAGUCUCAUUAUCCAUAAGUUUAGAAGCAAAACUUACGGCGCUUAGAAGAAUAAAGAAUAAUGAAGAUGAGAGUGGGAUUGGAAAAGAACUCAAGGUGAAUGUUAAUGAGUUGAAACAGUGGGAAAAUGAACUUGGAUGGAUAUUGAAGCAAAGAAAUGUUGAAAAUGUUUUAGAUAAAUGGAGUCGAGUAGAAAAUGUUUCAGAUCUUGAUUUCCAGAAAUGUAAUGAAAAACUUCAAAGACAGGAAUCCUCUAGUGGAAAACUGGAGAAAAGUGAAAAAGCUACAACCAGUUUGCAAAACUCUGCCGAGAGUGAAGAUAAGGAGCUGAAACAGGAUGAGGUAAAAGACACACUGUCUAUGAAAAUGCCUGAACUUAAUGAAGAUAAAGAAAUAUUACCUAACAAUAUAUCUCAAGACAGUGCUACUGAAACUGCUCAGAAUGAAGAGACAAUUAUUGUUCUAGACACAGGUGAUGAAUCUAGUGACAAAAAAGCAGAUCAAAUAAAUGAAAGUACUGAUGGUUAUACAGAAAUUAUUGAAAUACCAGAUGAUAGUGAAAUUAAGGAAACUGACGAUAAAAAGGUGUUGGAAAAGGUGGGUGUUGAUAAGCUCUCAGAAAGCUCUCAGAAGAUUGAUACAGAAGAAGCUGAGAAAAAUGACACAAAAGCAGAACAUGCUACAAAGAUAGAAUCAGAAAAUGAAGACACUACAGAAAUAGCAACAGAAGUGAGCAAUGAAGUAAAUAAUAAACCAAUUGAAGAGUCGGAAAACAUUGAACAAACUACACAGCCAGAAAACCAAGAACAAGAACAGGUAACAGUGCCUGAUAUAUUGCUUUUUGCAAGGUCUGGAAACCCUACUCACUUUACAGUUGAACAAAAAGCCAUGUGUGUUGUUCUUGCCAAGAAAUUUGGAAUAAAAGAUGUAGGUAAGAAACUUGGAGUAAGUCAAGGAACUUUAUGGAGAUGGGUGAAUAGAAAAACUGUUAUCAGUGAUUUGAUUGAUGAACAAAAAGCAGGAUAUAGGAAAACAAAAAGAUAUGAUGAAUGUAAAAGUGUGGAAAGUGAAAGUAGAAAGUCUGAAGUUAGAAAAGACAAUAAAAUUGAGAACAUUUUGGAAACAGUUAUUCCCAAACCAGCUGUAACAAGAAGUCGAGCAGCUGUUAAAGAAAAAGGCAAGAAAGAAAAGAAGCAGACUUCAAUGGGUUACAGAACUAUUUCCCCUUCAAAGUUACCUAUUCCAUUGCACAAUAUUGAGAAUAUUGAUGUCAAGGACUUCACACUUGAGCAAAAAGUGGCAAUCAUAAAGUUGGUAGAGUUGUAUGGAGUACGACAAAUACAUAAACAGUUCCAAAUUCCUGCAUCUUCAAUUUGGAACUGGCAGAAUUCUAAAGUUGUUAAAGAAGAAAUGAAUGCUGCUGGAAAAGAGCCUGAAGUGAAGAAAUCUGAAGCUGAGAAAGAUAAGAAAGCGAUUGAGUUUGAACCAGAAGAUGAUGAAGAAAAGCUGAACAUAGAUGUCAUCUUUGAUAGAACCCUUGUUGCUAUUGAGGACGUGAAUUAUAUGGAUUUCAAACUAGUCCAAAAGGCUGAUGUAGUACAUUUGAUCAAUCAUUUUGGAAUUGAAUAUGUGUGUGAAAAACUACCACAGAUUCCAAGAGGAACAUUGUGGAAUUGGCGACAUAGCAGACAUGUUUUGCCUCUCGUUGCAGAGCUGGAAACAGAUUUGAAAAAGGCUCAAGAAUUGAUUGCAGCAAAAGCAGUGAAAGCACAGAAGACACAAGUUGGUGCUGAUGAGAUUGAUAAGAAUGAUAUGACUCAGAAGUGGUUGAGAGAGUGUCACUCGUCUGGAAGGAAAAGAAGUGGAAACAUAAGGGAAGGAUCAGUGGAAAGUUCUAAAAGGAGGAAAAUAGAUGUUUCAGAAAAGGCCAUGUCUGUUAUUGAAAGCGAUAGAUUUGGGAGAAGCAGUUCACCAUCUAGUUUUAUAUCAGAUAUUUCUAUUCAUUCCGAGGAUGAGUUUGAAGAGAUUAUAAGUGACACUGAGGGAACAUCCCCAUCGAUACAUUCAAAGAGAUCAGUUACCAGUGGGCAGGCAUCACAUAGUAGCAAAGUUGGUGGUAAAAAGGGGAACCAGAAAACAGGAAAAGCAAAGGAUUCAGGGAAGACAAGCUGUGUCCCAGCUGUGAAGCUACCUGAAGAGGAAAUUAAGGAACCAGUUUAUGAAGUUCUAAAAAUAGAAUGUGGAGAAGAUAACAGAUUGAUGGUUCAUUUUAAGACUGAUCCGACGAUAAUCCCUAUGGCAGCCGAGACCGGCAGCUCAAAACGUUCAGCCAGCGACACAUGGCAAGGACCUGUAGCCAAGAAGAAGCCAGGCAAGAAGACUGAGGACUAUCUUCAUGUACAGGAUGAAGCAGGCAACAUAGUUCCGCUGGAUGAGUUCUACUACGGCACACUGGAGGGGGAUGUCAACUAUUCCGAGGAGAAGGGAGAGUUCAGGUUUAAGUGUUGGUACUGCUCCAAGAUGUUAUACAACAAUGUCCGGGCCAUGCAGCACAUUCAGGGCCACAUAGAUAGCAGCAAACAACAGAAUAUAGAUCUGUCCGACCUGUGUCAGUGUAAACACUGCUACAAGCAGUUUGACACGCCGUUUGAGAUGCAGACCCAUGUGGAAAAGGUUCAUCUCUCCAACAAGGUGCUGAUGUGCCGAAUAUGUGAGAAAGAUUUCAACACACAGAAGGAGCUAGCCUCGCAUAUGAGUGCCAGUCACUAUAGGUCUGAGAUGCCAUAUGUGUGUCAGCUGUGUAACUUCCGAUCAUCCAUGUACAGUGAUGUUGUGGACCAUUUCAAGAAGAGACAUGACUCCUCCAACCAUUUGCUCUGUUUCUACUGCCUGCGCUCAUUCGAGGUUAAAUUUGUCUCCCAAGGGUGGGGCCAAACACAGACUUACUACGGCCAUCUUCUCAAACACCAGUCACGGGCCUCCACCAAGAAGUGUGUCAUGUGUCGACUGACGUUCUUCAAUGCCCCGGACGUGAAAAACCACCGACGAAAUUGUCAUAUCAGUGCUAACAAAAAUCAGCAAGGUUUCUCCCCAGGCAGCAAGAAUGAUGGUGGAUUAAAACAGAAGAAAACCAACAUCAAAUCUCUGAACGCACCAUCGAUCUCAAAGAUACAAGACAUCGGGGAAGUGAAGUUCCCAGCCGCCACACAGAGGGCCAAGUGUGUGGAAUGUAAAAUGAUUAUGGCCUCAACUGACCAUUACAAGAAGUUCAUCCAUUGCUCCAUGUGCAGAUUUGCCACCAGCUGCAGUGUAGCUUAUGCCAAUCACAUGAUGGGAUUUCACAGUGGACAGAUGUCAAGUCUCAACUUGAACAUUCCGUGGGAAAGGCAGGCACAGUUUCCACUCUUCUGUGCUUGUGGCUACACUUCUAAGUUUGGCAACAAAUUGGCCAAUCACAUGGUAGGGUGUAUAAAGUCUGUAUGUUACACCAGACGGCCUGAACAGACAGGGGAUACUACAGCAAAACCAGCAGCAGUGGCAAUGAAAGACAUGGCCAAGGAAUCUGACAGUGCGUCGGUGCUGGGAGUAUUGGGACUAGUUCAGAAGAAGACUGUCACAACUAAACGUUUACCAAAAGGAAUACGGGCCGGUCCAAAGAAAUUUAAGCUGGCCAAUCAAAUUCCUCUAAAUGCUGAUGUGGAUGAAGCUGAAAGAAUUGAUGAUGUUAAACUGGACAACGUUGGAAAAUUGGAGACUGAGAAAAAAGUUAACGUUGAGAAGAGAAAAGGUGAAAUAGCUGAGGAUAUAAAACAAGAAAAGAAAGAGAAAAUUAGUUCAGAAGAGCGUGUAGAUUUGAAGAAAGAUAAAGAUAAAAAGGGUGUUACAAUCAAUACAGAAAAUGAUAAUAAGAAGGAAGAAAAGAUGGAUGUAAUGGUGAUAGAUGAGGCACAAGAAGAUGAAAAAUCUAAUGAGAAAGAACAGAAGGAACAGAAUAUGGAUUCUGAGAACAUUGAUACUAAAAAAGCAGAUUCAAAAGAAGAAGGAUUGAAAGAUGAAGAACAAUCUAAGCUUAUUUGCAAAAAAAAGGCUAAAGAACAAACUGAAAUCACACCAGCAGAUGGGGAAUUGAAAUGUCAGAAGAAAGAAACUGAGGUCAAAGCCAGUGUUCUUGAAGAUAAAAACAACAUAGUGGAAGUUGAUGAAAGUACUACAGCUCUAAAGAAAGAUCAAGUAGAAAUGAAAAUGGAAACAGCAAGUCAUAAUGAAGAUAAGAUUCCGGAAGAAAUGGAUCUUGAAUCUGUUGAUGACAUAUUGGAAAACAUUGAACAUGGUGAAUUGGUUAAAAAGACUGAAAAUUCAAAUAAACCAGAGAAGGAAGACAAAGAACAAUUGGAAGAUAUAGCAGAGACUAUGGAAAAGGAUGAACAAACUAAAGAAGUUGAAGAUGUGUCUAAAGAUGCUGCUGAAUCAGAAGUAGAGGAAAAAGCAAGGGAGUUAAAGGAGAAGACUCAAGACCUUGAGCAAUCUCCUGAAAAAGAAUCUACUGCCACAACAUCAGCUUCUGACCAAGACAAUCAAAUAGACAGUCAAACUGAAGAAAAUGAAAAACCUGAAGGUGAACUUGAAACAGAGGAAGUCAAAGAGACACAAGAAACAUCUGCUGAGUCUGUUGAUGAGAAAAUAGUAAAAGAGAAGGACUCACAAGAGAAAGAAAUUGGAGAAGAAAAAAGAGAACCUACAGAAAGGGAGAGAGAAUCUGAAGAGAGAAGCGACACAUCUGAAAGAAAUAGAGAUGUAGGAGACAGACAAAAAGACUCACAUGAAAGGGACAGAGAGUACAGGGACAAGAAUAGAGACUCCUCUGACCGCAAUAGAGAUUCAAGUGGCAGGUCUCGAGACUCAGACGAUCGGCGUCGUUCCAGUGGUAACCAUGGUAGUGACUCUUACAGAAGGUCCGAGGAGAGGUCACAUGAUGACAGAUAUCGUAACGAUGACAGGUCACAUGGGUCUCACAGGUCCAAUCACAGUAAGUCCUCCUAUGAGCGUGACCGCUCGUACGAGAGAGAUCGUGACAGGGGCCGUGACUACAAUCGAGGCCGGGAUUAUCAUAGCGACAGUCGACAUGGUGAUGGGAGAUAUGGAGGAGAUAACAGGAGUAGUUAUGGGUACAACGACAGCAGGGGCCAUAACCAGGGAGGUCAAGGUUAUCGGGGUCAACAGGGGUCACAUGGCUACCAUGGUAACAGGGGAGGACAGCAAGACAACCGUAACUAUGGCAACCGAGGGGGUCACAACAACAGGGGCGGUUAUAAGCAGAAUUACCGCGGGAAUAAUUAUAGGGGAGGAUACUACUAGAAUUAGCCUGUCAUCUUGUCUCCAAGUUCUUGAGGUUUAAAGUUGAUAAUAACAAAUAAAAACAAGAGCAAGUUUAUUUGGAACUACAGAAGAAAUUUGUGAGGUGGAUACUAUACUAGAAUCACUCCAGGGGACUGUUUCCUUGCUUUGUUUAAUAUGUAAGCUUUGAUUAUAAAAAGAACAGAUUUAGUGUGAAUAUUCAGAAGUACUGUGGAAGUUAUAUUGAUGAAUAUUAGAAAUGUUUGAACAAUGCUUGUGGCUUACAAAUAUAUCAGUUUUAAUACUACAUAGUUGACGUUUAUAACCAGAGUUACAGCGGAAAUGAUCAUGAUGGAAAUUAUUCAAUAUUGUGGCGGAAGUCAUUAUGAUUGAGAUUGUUGUGGCGGAAGUCAUUAUGAUUGAGAUUAACGUGACAAUACGUACAUAUUAGAAAUAUGUUGACUCUUCAUCUGCUGUGAAUUAAAAAGAAGCAGAUAAAAAAUGGGAUGCGAAAUUAUUGUGACAUGUGAAAAACAUUGACUGUCUAUUGCUGUUAAAUAUUGGAGCUUUAAUGAUGUGAGUGGAAAGAUUUAGGAAUACAGUGGACAUUCAUGUGGCGGAGACCAAUUCUGGAAUAAUCUUGAAGAAAUGUUCUCGAGGUGAGCAUCUCAUAAAGUUGUUGAAACUGUUUUGAUAUGAGAGAUGAACAUGUUCACUUGGGUGUGUGAUGCGAUAAGGAAAUGCUUUGCCUGUUAUUGUGUCUAUGCCAGCUUUAUUUUUGCAGCAGGAUUAUUCAGAACUGCUGCAGAAUGUAUCCUGACUGACAGGAAUCUAGUCUUGUGUGUUUUGAGUACGAAUGUUAUGACUUUUGUAAUACUGUUGAGUUUAGAAAGAAAUGAGAAAUUUCUUCAUGUACUAUUGAAAUUGGCAGUGCCAAUAUUCUUGACAUUGACGUUUUGACAUAAGUUUGACAUUGACAAAAUUUUGACAUUUUAAAGCACUUUGCUUUUUAAAAAAUGAAAACCAGCAAUUUUUUACACUAAUUUUUCAGAUUUUUCUCUCCUUGAAAACAAGCUAGAUACUUGGAAAAGAAAGUUACAGAGGUUAAAUUUAUUAGUACUUCUAUAAAAGAAAUGGACGUUACAUGGGUUAAAAAUUACAAUAUUGAAUUUUAAACUUCAACAACCAAGUUAUUAUUAAGUAGAUGGUCAUUCUACUAUACAUUGGGUUGAUUGUUUAAAAUUUUGUUCAAGUUAACAGUGUUAAUGGCAUCAUUGUUUGAGGAUAGAUAUUCUUUGAAAGGUGCAAUAUUUUAUGAUGUGCUCAUAUGUUGAAAGUAAAAUGAGAUCAGCUCAAACAGUUAUGUUAAAUCUUGUAAGAAACACUGCAGAUCACGAACAGACCCAUGAAACUUUCAGAGCAGUCAAGAUUUCAAAUAAACGAUGAUGUUAAUAACAAUGAUGUUAACUUAAUCAAAUUUCUAAGCAAUUGGAUCAAUGGAUGUUUCAUUCAUUGAUAUCAUGAAUCUGUGCAAGUCUCUGUCCCAUUAUGUACAUAUUGUCGUUCUAUCAUACACCGCCAUCCUGUAUAUUCAUGUAUUCAUUUGCACAUUUUUAAUGCUGUAUAAAUAUGGUCACAACAUUGUAACUUGUAUUGAAAUAAAUCAUGUGUUGUUGUUUUUUUCGUCUUUUCAAGAACAGGUUUGCAUAAUUUUCUUUUUUAUUGUUUUUUGUUUCAUUGAAUAUACAUACAUUCAUAACAGAGUUUCUUGGUAAUGAUGAUAAAUAAGUAUUUUAAGGUUUUUUCUUGAUUUAGUUUUUGUAAAAUUUGGUAGAACUGCUUUUUUUGUAAUGGAGAAAGGUGUUGGCUACACAGUACAGCUAGAAUUUAUUUUUGGUGCAAAAUCUCUACAUAAAUAUUGUUUUGAUGUAACAUACAGUUUGUUAUAAUACCAUGAUGACUGAUUUUAUAAAGAUUUAUAUUCAUGCUUUUUAUAUCAUGUAAAAAAAAAUUAUGUGGAAAUUUGUAUUACAUUUUUGACCAUAAUAUUACCAAUAUUACCCAAAUCAAUGUUUGAGAUAGUCAACAUUUACAUUUUAAGAAAUGGUGAUACGAAUAUGCUUGGCUUGAAUGCCUUGUUAAAGAGUUGUAUUUUUUGUCCACAUUUUAACAUUGACUAGGUCAUACAGAGUAUGUCUUCAUUUCUCAUCCCAUAGAAAUGUGUCAUUGUACAUGUAUUGCUUGAAUAUGAAGAAAUGAUACAAUAAAUAAAAAAAUUACUCAUU